AUGUCUGCGUGGGCUCAAUUGCGAGAGCUGAAGCGUGGCGAGGAGGAGGUGAAGGACCUCGACGCCCUGAUGCUGAAGCUGUCGAAGUAUGUCAACACGGUGAGCCAGUGGGGUGAGAAGUCCUUGGACGCUUGUGAAGGCGUCCCUGACUUUUUCCGCAAGCUGUUGCCUCCUCUCCGCAAUCUUUCCUCACGCAUGUUAGGCUCCGGCCUGGAAAGCGCGAAGGCCAAGGUCUUCGAGCAGAGGCCGGAUAUCGAGAAGAUGCAGGCAGUGGUGGAGAACAAGUUCCCAUCGCAUGGAUCCUACGUGGCGGGUGUGAAGGAUUUCUUGCUCAACGUUGGGCACCUGUCAAAGGUGCUUUUUCAGCUCGACUGCCUCAUCUUGAACGUCGAGAAGCAACAGAUCCCUUCGGCUGAGCAGACCGCCGAGCAAUACCACGCUGCGGUCGCUGCUUUCAGGCUGAAUCCAGAUCUGUUGGCUGCCACGGGCCAGCAAGGGAAAGUGGACAAUGCCUUCAACGACUUCAAGUCUUCCUUGGAGGACUUGCUCGAGACGUGCAACAUGAACCUUGAGAAGAUUCUCGAGGCCAGUGCGGCUUGGAAUGCUGCUCUGAUGGAGGAGUUGCUUGCGCUUCCAAAUUUCGAGGCGGAUAUGGACAC